AUGUCCCCCUGUCUGUCUGUGUCCUCUGACAGGACCGUGAGGAUGCAGCAGCUGCGCGUUGCAGUGGUGGGCGUGGGAGCUGCAGGUCUGUGUGCCGCACGUCACAUCAUGUCCCGCCCAGACACCUUCGCACCACCUGUCGCCUACAAGCUCACGGAACACGUGGGUGGCACCUGGUUCUAUGAGGAACGUACCGGUAGCUAUGACAACGGGCUGCCCAUUCACAGCAGCAUGUACAGAGACCUCAGGUACUGUAACACUCUAACCUCACACCUCUCACUCUGUUUUUCUCUCUCUCUCUGACAUGACCCUGGUCUUAUUUUGUGUGUCUCAUGUCUUACUCUCCCUCCCUCUAUGCAGGACCAACCUGCCCAAGGAGGUGAUGAUGUUCCCUGACUUCCCCUUUGACCCCCAGCUACCCUCCUUCCUGCCACACCAGGAAGUGCAGAUAUAUCUGAGAGAGAUAGAUGCCAGAGCCACCGCAUCACACCACACGUCAGGUUAGUUACCGUCCACUCACACACAAUGCCUUGUGGUCCUUUGUCAGGGGUAGAGAAGGAAGGUCCACACUCAUCAAUUUCAGGUGAAAAAAGGAAAAACUGUAUUUGAUUUCACAGGAAAAGAGUCUAAAGCCUCUCACCACAUAUCUCCCCCACUCUUUGUUAGUUCAGCACCGUGGUGGAGGAGGUGAGCCCUGUCACCAUGGCGACAGAGGAGAAGGGACCAAUGACGAAGUGGGAGGUGACUUCACGUGACAAGUCGGGAUCACAUCCCAUCCAUCCCUGGGCUAGAGCGAUUUAAAGGUGCACACCAGAGUCAUCAUCUAGCUUAUCUUUCUCUUCCUACACUAAAUAUACAAAGGUAUGUCGACACCCCUUCAAAUUAGUGAAUUUGGCUAUUUCAGCCACACCCGUUGCUGACAGGUGUAUGAAAUCGAGCACACAGCCAUGCAAUCUCCAUAGACAAACAUUGGCAGUAGAAUGGCCUUACUGAAGAGCUCAGUGACUUUCAACGUGGCCACCUUUCCAACAAGACAUUUCGUCAAGUUUCUGCCCUGCUAGAGUUGCCCCGGUCAAUUGUAAGUGCUGUUAUUGUGAAGUGGAAACGUCUCGGAGCAACAACGGCUCAGCCGUAAAGUGGUAUGCCACACAAGCUCACAGAACGGGAGUGCUGAAGCGCGUAAAAAUCGUCUGUCCUCGGUUGCAACAAUCAAUCAAUUGAAUGUAUUUAUAAAGCCCUUUUUACAUAAGCAGAUGUCACAAAGUGCUAUACAGAAACUCAUUACCGCAUUCCAAACUGCCUCUGGAAGCAACGUCAGCACAAGAACUGUCCGUCGGGAGCUUCAUGAAUGGGUUUCCAUGGCCGAGCAGCCGCUCACAGGCCUAAGAUCACCAGGCGCAAUGCCAAGCGUCGGCUGGAGUGGUGUAAAGUUCGCCGCCAUUGGACUCUGGAGCAGUGGAAAUGAAUCACGCGCUUCACCAUCUGGCAGUCCGAUGGACGAAUCUGGGUUUGGCGGAUGCCAGGAGAUAGAUACCUGCCCGAAUGCAUAGUGCCAACUGUAAAGUUUGGUGGAGGAGGAAUAAUGGUAUGUGGCUGCUUUUCAUGGUUUGGGCUAGGCCCCUUAGUUCCAGUGAAGGGAAAUCUUAACACUACAGCAUACAAUUACAUUCUAGACGAUUCUGUGCUUCCAACUUUGUGGCAACAGUUUGGUGAAGGCCCUUACCUGUUUCAGCAUGACAAUGCCCCCGUGCACAAAGCGAGGUCCAUACAGAAAUGGUUUGUCGAGAUCGGUGUGGAAGAACUUGACUGGCCUGCACAGAGCCCUGACCUCAACUCCAUCGAACACCUUUGGGAUUAAUUGGAAUGCCAACUGCGAGCCAGGCCUAAUCGCCCAACAUCAGUGCCCGACCUUACUAAUGAUCUUGUGGCUGAAUGGAAGCAAGUCCCUGCAGCAAUGUUCCAACAUCUAGUGGAAAUCCUUCCCAGAAGAGUGGAUGCUGUUAUAGCAGCAAAGGGGGAACCAACUCCAUAUUAAUGCCCAUGAUUUUGGAAUGAGAUGUUCGACGAGCAGGUGUCCACAUACUUUUGGUCAUGUAGUGUAAUACUUUUGGUCAUGUAGUGUAUAUCUCAUGUCUGGGUUUUCCUGACCAUGUGACCUGAUCUGGAAAACGUCUGGGCCAGGUUAGGUGGUCAGGAAAAACUCAUGGCCUGUAUCUCAUGCCAUCUCUCUUUAUCUCCCUCUCUCUCUGAAGCUGUAUCUCAUCCCAUCCCCGUCUCUCUUUCUAGUCAAAGUGAUCCACAGUCACUCAUACCGCCACCCAGAGCCCUUCUCAGGUCAGUCAGUGGUGGUGCUGGGGCCUCAGGACUGGACAUCUCACUAGAACUGGGUCGAUCCAAUGCCCAGGUGACUCUGAGCCAUGGUAAGCCCACCCUGCCCUUCCCUCUGCCCUAUGGGGUCUUCCAGGCUACACCUGUGGUGGAGGUCCAGGAGGAUGGGUCUCUGCAGUUCCAGGAUGGGUCCAUUACCCAGGCCCAGGUCCUGCUGCUCUGUACGGGCUACAACUUCAGCUACCCCUUCCUAGAGCUGGCCAAGCUGGGCCUGGAGGUCCAGGAGCACCUGGUAACUCCGCUCUACAGGUUCCUGAUGCCUCCAGCCUUCCCAUCACUCUUCAUCAUUGGCAUCUGCAAAAUAAUUUGCCCCUUCCCCCACUUUCACUGCCAGAUGAGGAAGGAGGCUUAAAGAUGGUUGAUGUUGUUGAAAAUCUUAUUUUUUGUGGAACAAAAUAUCUGGCAUUCCCACCCCUCCCUCACCAUCUCUAUCUCUCUCUCACUCUGCCCCUCUCUCUCUUCAGAUCCAGUUUGCCCUUGCAGUGCUGGAGGACUCCGAGGCCCUGCCGUCGCGUGCUGAGAUGGAAGAGGAGGCGCAGAGAGAGCUGAAGAGGAAGGCAGAGAGGGGGGUGCAGCUCAAACACAUGCUGAAGAUGGACAAGGACCAGUGGGGUUAUGCCCAGACCUUAGCUCAGACUGGGAGGUUCUCCCCUCUGCUCCCAGUCACACAGAGCCUGUAUGAGGAGGUAUGGAGACACGUUCACCCACAGAACUACAGGCAGCUAAACGAUCGACUCAUCAGCGACACCCAAUGGGAGCAACAGGAACUGCAGGCUGGUGAAUGCAGAGGAGAGGCAGCCUGGUCUCAGAGACGUAACAUA